UAUCAUGGCUUAGAAGAGAUGCGAAUACAAGAAACAUACGUGUCUGCAUCAUGUGCCAAAAUGACAGACGAAAAGAACAUGAAUGGAGAUUUAUCAAGUGGAUUGAAAAAGGAAAUCGUAUCUGAAAGUACUAAUGGUCCGUCAAGUCCUAACCUAACUCCUGGUGAUUCCGAAUGCUCCAGUUCAAUUGGUGGUGGAAGACUGAAAUUUUUCAAAGAUGGCAAAUUUAUAUUGGAGUUAUCACAUCGAAAAGAAGGUGAUAGAGGAGGUUGCUGGGUUCCAGUUCCGAAGAAAGCAACUGUGUUUUGGCCGGCAGUUGGCACACCCAGGCAUGAGAGUUCAACUUCUCUCAGUGUGUCGGACGACAACUCGUCGGUGCAGUCGUCGCCGUGGCAGCGCGACCACUGCUGGAAGCAGAGCAGCCCGCGACAGCAUGCAGGCCGCGGCCUCGAGUUCUACAUGGUUCGGCCGGUCAAGUUGAGGCGGCUGCGGCGGUCGCACGCCAUCGGCAGACGCAAGCGGCGGCGGCCGCACCUGGAUGUGGUGGAGGUGGCGGUGACUGCUAACAAUGGGGGGCCGAGGGGCGGCAGCGGAGGUGGUGGAGGCAGGGCCAGCCUGGCCAAGGUGCUGCGCUGUCUGUGGGAACGCGUCAACCGCGCCGCUACCGCCGAUCCCGGCAUCGUGUCGCCGCGCAAACGCAUUCUCCGCGAAAUGGAAAGGGUGACACUGGAAGACCAGGCGAAACGUCAGCGCGCGCGUCCUGCGGUAGUGAGUGAGGGAGGGGCCCCACCAGGGGUCGCCAAACCCCCCAGCAGCCACAGCAUCACGUCGAUCCUGGCCCGGGAGGACGAGCCCUCCUUCCUGCGAACCCUGCUCCGCUCGCCCGAGCCACCACCCCCGCACCCCUUCCUGCCCCCACCGCCACUCAUGUAUCCGCACCACCCCUCCUCGUCCGCCUUCCUCCAUCCCACCCCGCCCCACCUUUCCUGGUAUUCACUGGCCGCCUCUAGUCUGCCCCCUCGUGCCCUCUAUCAUCCCCUCCACUCGGCGCCCCCAACCCCUCCGCCAUCGCACCACCCCUACUCCGCCGCCCCACCUCCGCACUGGCACCAUCUGCCCACAUCGCACCAUCAUCAUCUCUCGCAUCCGGCUAGUUUGAAGCGCGACGACUCCACCUCAGGGAGGGGCCCCACCAGGGGUCGCCAAACCCCCCAGCAGCCACAGCAUCACGUCGAUCCUGGCCCGGGAGGACGAGCCCUCCUUCCUGCGAACCCUGCUCCGCUCGCCCGAGCCACCACCCCCGCACCCCGUCCUGCCCCCACCGCCACUCAUGUAUCCGCACCACCCCUCCUCGUCCGCCUUCCUCCAUCCCACCCCGCCCCACCUUUCCUGGUAUCACUGGCCGCCUCUAGUCUGCCCCCUCGUGCCCUCUAUCAUCCCCUCCACUCGGCGCCCCCAACCCCUCCGCCAUCGCACCACCCCUACUCCGCCGCCCCACCUCCGCACUGGCACCAUCUGCCCACAUCGCACCAUCAUCAUCUCUCGCAUCCGGCUAGUUUGAAGCGCGACGACUCCACCUCAGAUGUUCCUUUGAACCUGUCCAAACAUGCUGGGUGACAGAGAGGUCCUUCAGAGAGGGAAGACAAUCUGAAACUGCCAAUAUUUGAAAGGUUUGCAACAUUCAUAAGUAUUCUAAAGAUUAUUUUGUAAUAUUACAUUCUAGACUGUCCCCUUUUUGUGAUUUCAAUCAGUUUGAUAAUCAUAAUUAUUCUAAAAAUUAUAUAAUAGCAAAUCUUAAAUUAGGGGAAAUGUGCCUUUCAAUAUACUAUUAGAGGCAAAGUAGUAUUCUUUGUAAUUAUUUUUUGUAACAACUAUAUUAUUUAUGUAUUCAUGUAAAUGAGUAUUUGUGAAGUAUGUAAUAUAAAUAUUUUUUAACGUUUUCCACUAUAAAUGUAUAUGUUUUGUUACUUUUUUAUUGUUUCUCAUAACAGCCUUGUAGGAAACUUGUAAUUAAUGUAUAUUAUGUUUACGAAUCUAUAUCUAUACCGUAAGUCAAUGUAAGAAUUCCUGUUAUUUAUUUAUUGUAUCAUUAUCUUCUCUGAUUUUAAUUUGGAUUACUAUACUUGCCUCAUAAUUAUCGUCCUUCACAAAUUCACUAGAAUCAUUUCACUAUUUUCAUGCCUGCAAAUAACAUUGGUAUCUCAAAUAUUAGUUUUGAAAAGUGUAGUUGACAAUAAAUAUGUGGUCUUAACGUUUAUCAAUUUCAAGUGCCCAAAUUUAAAUAUGACAGGUCACCGAUUAUUAAGGUUAGAAUACUAAUGCUGGAAUUCCAAGUCUGUAAAACCCAAUUAAAUCCUGCUUAAAAUCUUGAAUUUAUCAGAUAAUCCAAAUUCUAUUGAAGAAAAUUAUUGUCGAUAGUUUUAUUUUUAUAACUAAAUUUGUGAAAUUGUAUGAAUGCUUAAUUCAGUCUGUUUGUGGGAAAAUCAUUUAAAUCAUCGAAUGAUAUGCAUUUUUGAACAUGCUCCUUGCGAGUUACUAAUUACUUUCUAAUUCAGCAUUAAAGCUCUAUGACGAAAUCACAAACCAACCUAGGCAACGAAAUUAGUGCCUUUAUUUCGUUCAAUAUAACAAUAAGUCCAUGGCAUUAGCAAGAAAACUAGUGUUACUUUUUGAAAUAAAUACUAAAUUAUGUACAAAAUCUAAAUCUGUUAUUAUUUUUCAUCUGUUGAUUAGUUUUGCAACCUCGAAACUAUACUACUGUACAAUACAUCCAAUUCUUGUAAGGACUUCUGUAAAGUUCAGAUUAUUUCUUGAUAACAGUCAAGUAAUCAAAUAUUCGAUUAAAAUAUAUAUAGUUUUUCCUAAAAGUAUUUUUAAAAGUGCAUGGCCCAGAGAUAAUAAUGUUCGAGAUAUAAGUUUAUGAAAAAUUCAAUACGAAUAUGCCUAAAAUUUUCAUCGUUCGGCUCCAACUUCACAUAAAUAUUCCCCAAACAUGUUGAUAUUCGUAAACAUAAAGACAGGACAUUAAUGUGGAGUUAAAAGUAGAUUGUCAUUGGAUCGUUAGUGCAAUAUUCUAUUAAAAUAAAAAGCAUUGUCUGUGUAUUGAUUCAAUUCAUCGGGUUGCGUACAUUUUGUGGUUUUGACUUUUGUGAUACUUCGUUGAGCCUCCAAGUUUUUCGAACAGAAAACUGAUUUCCAAUGCAGCUUACCUCUUGAAACGUAUAUAAAGUUCAAGCAAAAUUUUGUUUAAACACACACCACAUCACAAUAAAUUAGUCAAUUAUUUUAAAUGACCUGAUAAUCAAUAGAAACUCACGACUGAGAAUUGAAAUAAAUUCACUAUUAUUAUUACAGUACUCUAUUACUUUGGCGAUAGGUUGAUUUUGGACUUUUUGUAAGAGGGCCAAUCUUUUACCUAAAAAUUACCGUUAUAUUUAGUUUGUGAAAUUUCACAUUUCAACAAGUACUCGCGUAUCACUCAUCACUGAAAUUAAAAUAGAAAAUAUAUUUAUAUGGAAACUAUUUUGAAACUUGAUCCAUCUCAGGGAUUUUAAAAGAUUUAUUAUUUUGAAAAUGAUAUUAUUUUAACAGUUAUCAAUUUAUGGCAUCGUGAAUUCAAGUCAAAUUGAUUCAGUUAUUCUAUUAGAUGAAUUACCCUAUUCUAAAUCAUUGAAACAUCUUGAUAUUAUUUCGGUUAUUAGCUUUCUCCAACGAUAUUAUACUGUUAUAUUUAUUUUCGUAACUUAUUAAGUGUCUUAAAAAUGUCUACUUGAGCUUAUUUUUGGAAAUAUGCUUAGUUUGAAAAUUUAUUGGAUUUUAUCAUAUGAAAUAGGCCUAUUCCAGUUGAUAUUCCAGUCAGUCUUCUCUUGAUUCCUCUCAACUAUUUCUGCUUAAUGAUAUUCAAUUAGCCAACCAAAUACCAUUUGAUAUUAUGAAACUAUUAUUUGGUGCAAUCGCCCCAUCGUAUUUUUCUCAUUCCAUUAUUCAAUUUUCAUUUGUCAAUUUUGAAUAAUUUUUCUUUGACCUAUAAGUUGGCAUAUUUCCAAAAAUAAAAAAAUGUAUAUGAUCAAAUUUUAGUCAAAUCGGAAAUAAUAACAUGGUUUUGCCUGAUAUCAUCUCGUGAGAGAUUUAAAACUAGACUGCGAUUAUUCCAGGUUUUCAUUUUGUAAUUUACAACUCAGAGUUCAGUUUUUCUAAUUCUGUGAAACAUUUGGAAAUGUUUGUGGAAUAGUUCUAGUCAAGUUGUUCAUAUUCAUUUAUCAUGAAUAGCCAAGGUUAAUAUCGAGUCCAUCGUAGACUCACAGCUGAAUCUUUACUUGUCUUCAAGUUUAACAGAAAAAUUCUUGUAAUCAAUUUUAUUUUUUAGAAUUUGGAGAUAUUAAAAAGAUUCUGAAAUAAAUGGUUUUUAUGUUUGUUCUUUGUUGAUAACUAAUAAUUUUAUUGCAGGCUACACAAUCAUGUAUAUAUAAAUGAUCUAUUUAUUCUAAUUUAAAGUAAGGUUUAUUAUAAUUUGCUCAAUAAUAUUGAAGAUUAUGUAUAUUCAUAGUACUCUGCGACAAAAUUUUAUAUAAAGUUUAAUUUCUCUAACUUGUUGGUCACUUUUCAUCAGCUUUAAAAUUUUUUAAUCGAGUAAAUUUUAAAACAAAUUCUUGUAUUUUGUAGUAGCCUAUACUUCUUUAUUUUACUUGGUUGUUUCAUAACCAAUUAGAUCUAUAAAACUUUAGGAGGUAUAGCGGUAUUUUCAAUUGAUACAUUUUCACAAAAUUGCUUUGAUGUAGUAAUGUAUUCAACUAAUUAUGUAACUUUCGUUUCUCCAAUUUUUGAAAUUCGAGUGCAAUACACUUUUCAAUUCAGUUCGAUAAUGAGUCACACUUUUAUUAUCGAGUAACUAAGCGUCUUUACGUCAGUAGAAUGCAACUUGGGCUAUGAUAUUACUACUCUACAUUGAUCAUGGGAUUAUUAUUUUCUUCCAUAGUUCUACUGAGUCAAAUAAUCUACACAAUAUUAUUUUAUCUCACAACUUUUUGUGAUUCCCAUAAAAAACAUUCCUUAACCUCUAAUUUAUAUUGAUUAGUGACCUACUCUUAAUUUCAUUAUUCGUUGGUUUGAAACCAAUUUAUACUAUGAGAUAAUACUGUAAUCAGGUGCAUCAUACAAGUUGAGUUGACUGAUGGCCGAAUAUAAGUUAAUCUCAAUUAGAAUUGGUUGGUUUUAUUUACAACACUAUGAAACUUGAUGCUUGUGAUAGAUACCUAAAUGAUAUAGAGCUGUAAACUUUAAUCUUAUUUUUGUAAUUUAAUAUAUUGGAAAAUUUGUAUUUUUGCUUCAAAAACCAAACCAACUUUCUAUCAGAUUAAUCUCUAUUGAGUCGAGCUUAUAUUAGUGUCGUGAAUCUUUGUAAAAAGCGUUUUAAAAAAUCACCCUGAUUAUAUUAUAUCGUUAUAAUAAAACUAGUUGAACUUGUAUAUUUUUGUAUAUAAUUGUAUCACAAAAUGAUAUUUUAUUCUUUGAAUGAGUGCAACAUCCUAGUUAAGUUAUUGAGUUUUACUAUUAGAACUUUUUUCCUUGUAAUCAUUUCUAGGAAGAAAAAUAAUCUACUGUAUCUCAAUUUUACAAACACUGAAUUAAACCAAUAGUAUUUCCUUUGGAAUCGUAUCGAAUUCAAUGCGUUGAUGUGAAAUAAUUGUUGAUCGUUUUACAAAUGGGGUCAAUUCACCCAAAAGUUUAAAUUAUUUUAUUCUUGACUCUAUUAUUAAUAAAGUCAAUUUAUUAUUGGAUUUUAUUCACUAGCAUUUUAUUAUUGACUUGAAUUUCAAUGCUUUGUAUUUUCUCUCCCUUUUGCUUAAGAAUUUUCAUAUCAAUAUUCAAUUUAGUUGAUCUUAUGUUUUACAUUUUCAUCGGUCAUUCAUUGAUUUUGUAAUCUUAUCAUGAGAAAUGUUAUGACCAUUCCUUAUCAUGACUGGAAUGUGACGAUUGUCAAAAUUGCAAAUUUUCAUAUUCCACUGUCAAUCAAACAUUUAUUUUCAUUUUUUAAUCAUUUUGAUUUUAAUGAGAAAAUCCUGAAUGAAAGAUGAAGUAAUGGAAUUAUUUAUUGGAAAACUUUAAUUUAUAGUCAUGAAAACAGUAAUUUUUUACAAAUAAAAUCUAAGAUACCUAUGUAAAACUUACUUAUACAGGGAAUUAAAAGAUUAAUAACGUCUCCAUAAUGGUGGAAAUGGCUCUGAUGCUGUUGAGUUUAUUACUACUGGAUCAUUUUUGUUGAAUUUAUAUUUCUACUUUAAUUUAAUUUUGACUGUUUUAUCAAAAUUUAAGAUGUUGAGUAAAUAAUUAUUAUAAUUAUUUCAUCUUCCAUUUUACUUCUUUGCAAAAACUAUUCUUGAAUCUCUGUUGUUUAGAAUAAUAUAUUAUUUCCUCAAUAAUAUCAUAUAGUAUAAUAACACUAUGAUAAUAUCUUGGGUUAUUUUUCAACAAUUCCGUUGAAAUACUGUAUGUCUAGCGUCUGACACUUUGUAUGCGAAAAUUAUGUGAAAAUAUCACUAUUUUGAUAUCUUCUUAAUUUAUAUUUAUUGGUUGAGCAAAGCGUUUUCAAAGCUAUUUCGACUGAUUUGUAAAUUAUAUUGGGCAUGGGUAAAUUUAUAUUGCCUAUCAUAAAAUUGAAUUAUUUUUUUAAUUAGUAAUUUUUAUAAAAGUAUAAGAGUACUUUCGAAGACUGAAAUUCUAUUGAUCACUUGAAGAUCUCUUCUCAUUAAAAAAGUAGAUAACACAAGAUGCAGUCAAUACGAAAACAGAAAACUAUGUUUUCCAACUCGUCUUCAGUCCAUUAAAAUAUAGUUAAUGAUUUGUAUUCAACUGUUUUAUUUAAGAAUUUUGAAAAAUUGUAUAGUUCUUGUGUUAUCUCAGAUUAUAAUUACUAAUUAUUUAUUAUUCGACUAACUGUGUAUUUUAGUCAUGAAUAUUAUAGGUCAUAAAAAUGUAAUAUAAGUUAGUCUUAGUUCCACAUGAAAAAAUACGUUUUUUCACUGCCGUUCAAUGAGCAACUCUUCAAGUUAAUUUAUGCAGUGAAAAGUCCUUCAAGAAUUUCAAAACUCAAGCGAAUUCUAGUUUGUUUGAAACGAAAUAUAACUUAUUCUAUCCUAUAUAAAUGUUUAACACUUACGGUCUUUUAUACAAAAUGAACAGUGCCCUUAUAAAAUAAACUUAUAAAUGUUUAUAUUAUAAUAUGUAUUACAAAUGUUUUGUUCAACUGUAGUAUUUUGGUUUUUGAAGAGAUUUAUAUUGAAAUUUUCCAAAGUAAGGUAAUACAGACUGGUAAAUUAAUAAUCUAUACGAUUAUUAUUGGACAGUAUUCCCUAAAGACAUAGUAUGAACGAUUUUUGUAAUUAAUGUGUAGACGUAUUGUAAAUAUUGCAUGUAAAUAACUAAAUUAUGUAAUGAAUAUAAUAAGUAGUAUUCCAAGUGUAAAUCAUUCAAAUUAUUUACCAGAUUUAUCGUACUCUUUCUAUCGUCAGCAUUAGAGACAAUACUCUGAAAUUCCGAUGCUGUUCCUAUACGCUAAAUUUGUUUGUAAGCUAUUUUAUUUACAUAAAAUUUGUAAUUUU